AUGCCCAGUGGACCCCGAUUUGAACUGUUCAAAUCCUUAGGAAUAAACUAUUAUGGAUUCCAUGUGCGUAAAAAUAAGAUUUAUGAUUACCUUUCUGUGGGAGUGUGUUCCGUUUUGAUUGGCACUACCAUCUACCUAGGUUUGUGGAUUCCGAAUCAUGAAGUGUGUAAACUUCGUUUACAGCUGGCGCCAGUCCAUGACUAUGCUUCGCUACCAUCAUGCGAAACUGGAAGUACGACUUUUACAUACGCUUACCUACUUUACUUAUCAACUCAAUUCUUGAGCGCAAGAACUACAUUGAACAAAUUAGUAUCGCAAGGCAGAAUAACCUUCUUCCACCCCGAUCAGUGCCCCUGGAAACAAAAAAGUAAUCCGUUUGGAGCCAAACUGAAUAAUCAAUGUAAAAUAUAA